CCCCUAACUUUACAACAAACCAAAAGUCAUAUUUGAACCCCCCACAGCCACAAACGUGACCCAUGUCUCCCGAAAAAGACGGAUAUUUGACUGUUCAGAGAGAGUGGGCGGAGCGAGGGCGGCGUUAAACACGGUUUGGUCCCUGCGGCUUUCCGUAGAUCAGGGCCUGGGUGUAGCUCCCUGUAGCUGCGUAGGAAACAAGUACAAAACACCACUUCAGCCAGAGAGCCCGGAGGUGUCUCUUAUAUAAAGAAAAACGUAAUAUAACGCGUACAACAUGCACUCGGUCACGCUGGACAGCAGUGGUUCACCGAAGAAGCGCUCGUUUUCUCGGGGAAUGAGCGAGGACGAGUCUCUGCGCAGUAUUAUCAAAGAGACUGACAGCUCCUCCAGACGUGUGACAAGAAGCGACAGCAGAGCGAGCACCCUGAAGAGGAGGAGUGACAGCCAGCAAUCUGAGCAGGACCUCUUCAUGGGACUACCAGAAAUGCUAGAGCUGCAGGCCAGCUAUGAAGAGGCGGUGCAAGAGCUGCGUGGGCUGGAGGUCGAGCGAGAGGCUCUGUUGUUCCAGGUGGACGUCCUGCAGGACACACUGGAGGGUGUAGAGGAGCUGCUGGCUGAAGCCCAGAGAGAAGCUGGACAGGCUAGUUUGGAGUUGGAGCGAGAGAGGGAGGCCAAAAGGAAACUGGAGAGCAUGGUGCACUCUUUGAUGCAAGAAGUGGAAAGAUUAAAAGAGGAAGGAAAUAACAAACUAUCAGGUCCAGGUGAGAUGGCUAAAGCAAUAAUGCAGGGACAUAAAAUAAGAAAUAAUGCCAACAAAGUCGAGAGCUCCUCCUCUCACAGCAGCAACGAUGGAUUGGGAGCUGCAGUGCAAAGAGGACAGAGUGAGGGCACAGAGGAGAAGCAGUGGAGAAUGGUAAAUAAGCCCAUGUGUCACCAGCCUUCUCUUGCACUGGACAGCCUGGUCGCUGAGGAUGGGGUCCACCAGAGACCUUAUGAAAACGGGGCAGCAGAUGGACUAGAUCCCAUGCUGGACGAAAACGACUCGGACAGCAUAAGUGCCUACAAGGAUGCAUUCGAUGAGACUCCAGAGCAGGACAGGAUCUUUCCAGGUGACGGAGACACUUUGGAGCUGCCUCACGAUGCAGAGAACACAAAGAAGAGCCCGUCUAAUAAUGGAGAAGCCCUCAGCAGUGAGGUCGAAGGCACCAAAAACAAUGAAAGCUGCAUUUUGUCUUAAAUUUAUGUUUCAUCUACUACUGAGUAAGGUCAGAGAUAAAAUAGUUCAUAACUUGAUAAAAUCCAGCAGCAUUUUGAUUUGAAGUUAGAUAUUUCUGUUCUUACAAAAAUCAGUUGAGAUUAGAUGUUGCUAGUCAAUAGUUUGACAUUUUAUGAGAAAAUCAUUAGUAGAAUAACUGUGGAAAUAAUUGGCAGCUUAAUCUAUAAUGAAAAGUUGAAAAGAUUAGUUAGAGCCCUAGUUAUGAUACACUGUAGUAGAAGUUACAUUUUUAAAAAUUGUGCUGAACGAUCUCAGGUUUACAAGCUAAAAUUUCGCUGACUACUUUAUGUUAUUUGCCAAUCAUUUAAUUCAAGUCUGUCGUAAGUGUUUGGGUUGGGUUUUUUUAUGCAUGUUGCAAAACAUGGAACAUACUCCAUGUUGCUUUGACUGUUUACCUUUUUGAUUUUAAGAAGGAUAUUUUAUACACAAGCAGCAGUCAAGACAAAAGUCACGAUUUAUCUGUCUCGGUAAGAAUCUCCACAGCAGCUGUUUUAGCUUCAACCAGAAGAAGACAUUACAAACACAGAGGUUUCUUUUCUGUGAAGUUAUUGUUAACUUAAAUUUGAUCAUAAGGAUUUUGAUCAGGCUGUGUUGCUGGUUUCUCUCAUGUUUUUCUUGGACUUGGAAGUCUGGUGAUUUCAAAUAGGCAGUCCAUUUAUUCAAAGCCUCAAAGUCUUAAAAUUUUUAUGUGUUAUUAUUAAAAAAAUAGACGGAAAAUGGAUUUGGCUGCAUUUGCACUUUUUAAAGUUCUUAUAUUGUGACAUUUAUUUGUCAGAUUACAUUAAAGCCAACAUUCCCUUUUUUAACCAAAUGUGUCAGCCAGACCUGACGAGCUGACCACUGCAGGCUGGAUUUUUUUUGUCUGCCUGCAAGGACAUACUGCAUGUUUGCACAUUCGCAGUGGAACUUGCUGAACAUUGCCUCUUCAGAUGUCUUUCAUUGCUGUAAAACACUUUGUAUGUAACAUUUUUAAUGCCUUUUUACUUUUUUUUUAAUUGUGCCAGAAUCAAAAGUAGACUCCUCACUUCAUCUAUGAUCCGUAGCCUGCACGAGCACCUAUGAAUGUAUACUGAUUUCCAAAAUGCACACAGGUUUGUGUCAUUUAUGAGUGUGUUUGCAUGCAAUACUAUCAACUACAUGUAAUGAAUAAUACUUUGAUGUCUUAUUUGCUGUUACAAAUACUUUUUUAAAAAGGGAUUUUCAGUGUCAGUUUACUUUGUAGACCAUGUAUCAUUCUUUUAUUCCCCAGUUUACAAAGUCGAUUUAACAAAGUUGACAAAUAAUUGAAGUUUUGAACAUAUCAGGCUGGACUUUAAUGAUUAAAAAAGCAUAUAUUGAUAAAUGGAUCUCUUGUGGAAGACAGAAGCAGAACAAUAAAUCUGCACGGGUUAUGUUGAAGUUGCUGCAUUUAGCUGUGUAUCAUUUUUGGUUUUAAUACAGGUUGUUGCUAGUUCUUUAUAACCUGUAGCAUCGACUGUCAAAUGUACGUAGGUUUAGGAGGUUACUGUUAUUUUAGUGCUGUGUGGUGAUACUGUGGUCAGUUCUUGAGCAGUCAGGUGAUGGCAAAUGAAUUAUAACACCAACAUCCAUAGACAGUUCAUUUUCAAGUUUUCCUGGUGAUACAAAAAAAAAGAAAGAAAAGGAAAUGACCUUUGACAUGUUGCUGUGCAGCCAAAUUGUUUUUUUUCUUUAAUUUCACACAAAAGUACUGAAAAUACAUCCUUUUAUGUAUGAUGCCUUUUUUCUGUUUGUAAUAUUUUCAACUCUUAUCAUUGGCUUUGAAAUAGAUGUUCAGAUUUAAAUGUUAAUGCCAUACAUUUAUAUCAUAAUAAAAUGAGUGAGUAAUGCUU